CUGAUGUUGACAACAAUGUUUUCCUAGAAACAAAACACAACAUUCUCAAACACAUAUUCUACAUCAAUUUACACCAUAGCAUAAGAAUAUCAACCCGUAGCAUGUACCACGAGAAGCAACAACGAGAGUUGUGCGCGUUGCAUGCGCUGAACAACCUAUUUCAAGACAAAUCGUCCUUCACCAAAUCACAGCUCGAUCAAAUCUGCCAAAAUCUCUCUCCAAAUGAGUACAUCAAUCCACACAGAUCCAUCCUGGGACUCGGGAACUAUGAUGUGAAUGUUAUCAUUGCUGCAUUACACAUGAAAGAUUGUGAAGCUAUUUGGUUCGACAAGCGAAAGGAUCCAUCGCGAAUCGAUACAUCGAAAAUAAUCGGGUUCAUACUGAACGUUCCAAGCAACUACAAGGUGGGGUUUGUGCGGCUGCCCAUUCAACGCCGACACUGGAUAGCUAUUCGACAAAUUAACAAAGAGUACUGGAACCUAGACUCCAAGCUGGAUGCUCCCCAAUGCCUAGGAGAUGAGUCGAACAUGCUACAGUACCUACGAGAGCAACUGCAAAGCAAUGAUAAAGAGCUUUUCGUCGUGUGCACAUGCGAGGUGGACAAAACGCAACAAUGGUUACUACCGGACAACGAACAGCGGUGAAGGAAAUACGGGAAAUAGAUUUGUACAUGGUUAAAACGCCUUGCUUAAUCUGAUUGCAUCCGUUUAGCUCCUGACAGUGAUGUUUGUCGUGUAAAGUAUUUAAAGAGGCCAAUGUAAGCUGGUUAUAACUUAUCUACUAUUAAAAUGUUUUUGGUUGGUGAGGAUUUCCCAGCACGAUA